AUGCCCCCAACAGAAGUCACUCCUUUCCCCGCAUCUGAGCGAAUUCUUCCUCGGCGGAUUGUCAAGAGGAGAGGAACCACUCGUGAGCGCACGGGAUGUCUGACCUGCCGACAAAGAAAGAAGAGAUGUGACCUCGGCCAACCUAUAUGCAAAGAAUGUGUGCGCUUAAAUUAUAGGUGUCAGUGGGAGGACCCUAGAGCGUUCGGCGACAACCAUAAAGCUGCCCCAUUGCAGCAAAUCGCUCAGAUCAAGAAUGACCAAAAUAGCAUGUUUCGCCUCCUGCGGAAUCCCGAUCCUAUCCUAUUCUGGGUCGAUGCGCACUCCGAUUGUGCGAGCUCGUCGAGUCGACGUCAUUUUCUCCGCUAUUACACUCAAACUUUUAGCAUUCUUCUCACCAGUAACAUGGAAAAUAAUUGUUUCUUAUCUGCAUUUCUCCCCAUGGCCAUGUAUAGCCCGCCCCUCCUGACCUCCUUGGUCGCUUGGUCUUCUUCUCAUUUGUCAUUACGUGAUGAUUCGUUCCUGCAAGUUGCUACUCAGAAUCGGUGCUUGGCUCUUCGGGAUCUCCGACAUGCACUUGAUUCCGAUUUAGUCAAUGUGGAGAUCACCCUUGCCAUGUCGUUGGUCUUGUGCUCAUUGGAGAGCAUAAUGGCCGAUAACGGCAAUGCUUGGUAUCUUCAUCUCGUUGGCGCUGCCGGGGUCAUUGCCUCCAAACUCAAUACGCCGGAGUCACUAGGAGGCUCCGAACAAAUUUCGGAACGCAUGCUACGACAUUUCGCAGAUGCGUAUACGGGCCGCUGGCUGCUGCGCAACUUCGCAUAUCGCGACAUUGUAAUGUCCGUUGCGCAGGACCGGCCGCCCUUGUUGAGCUCCCAUCAGCUUCGAACACUGGACGAGCCCCAGCUGCCUGAUUCACAUUUUGGGCUUGCGUCGGAGAUCUUAGAGAUUCUCUCAAUCACCAGUACACUCAAGGGGAAACUGAAGAAUUUGCUCUCUGGGCCAGCAGUUGCGGGUGAAUCUAACCAGGAUGGAUCCGAUGAUGGCCAACAGGCUAUGCGAAUCCUCGAAAUGAUGCCUGAAUUUGCCUCGCUCGAGGCUCGCCUUAUUGACUGGAAGUGUCCCUUGUCUGCGGAUAUGUCUUUAGCGCUCUUGGCUGAGUCCUAUCGCAGCUCGGCUAUGAUUCAUUUAUAUCGUGUCAUGCGCUGGGCGUGUCCGGAGCGACAAGACGAGCUUUUAGCAAUGACUACUGGUCAGGUCGCCGCAAUUGGGGAGAAGCCACCCUAG